AUGGAAAAGAAAUUGUAUGAGACCUUUCCUGGUGACCGAGUCACAGAUGCCAUGCUCAAUGAAGCCGCGAAAAUAUUCAAUGAAAACUAUGGAACUUGGGGAAAGAAUUCACAGAGCCCAGGAAAGCCUGUCAAACUCAGUGCACGCCGAUUACGUGAGCAGUAUUUACCUUAUCCUGCUGGGAGGAGCUACUACAUCAGAGUGACAGUUAAUGGGAAUCUUGCUGGAAAUGCAUUUGCCUGCCGUUGGAAACACAAUGGCAAGACUGUCUGUUGGAUUACUCAAUUGGUGGUAGAUAGAAGCUACCGGGAGCGUGGACUCGCAAGUGGACUCUUGAGAGAGAUUCGAUCAAAUGAGGAUGACAUAUAUGGUAUCAUGAGCUCUCACCCAGUUGCAUGCUUGGCUGCUGCAUCAUCAUUUGGGAUGGGUAUUGAGAGAGUACCUCUGGAUUUUAUAAAGGAAAAUGCUGAAGCAAUUAUGAAAACAUCACCAAUAUUUUACAUUAGGGAAGCAAAACUAUGUGGUACCCUUUUCAAGCCUAAUGAUUCAACAGGACUUGUUUGUGGAGUAGAUACUAGAUUCUUUGUUGAUCAUGAAGAGCUAUUGAAGAUAUUGAAAAAGAUUCAGAAAACCUGGCAAUGGCCACUUGGAGACUUGUCAGAUGGCUAUGAGUAUCUUCUUAUUCUACCAGGCAAAUGUCAUUAG